UAGGUUUCUGGUGUGCGUGUAUGUGUGUUUGUUUUUUCUUCAUUUUUCUUCCUGCCUUUGCUUUCUCCGUGCCCCUCCUCGUCCCUGGCUCUGUUCAACUCAUUAAUGCCUCUUAGCUAAAGCAGGAGAGCAGAAUCCCUGCAAGAACAGGUUGCUGCUGUGGGUACCUGGGGAGUCCUGCUUACCUGAGCUGCCCCCACGCCCAUAAGAGCUGCACUGGCCACUGAAAGGAGCACUGUUCUAGGAGCAGGGAGGCUUGAUUCUGUCACUGUCUUUGCAAUAACAGCAGCAGUUACGAUAAAGGUUAACAUGUACUGAAUACUUUGUGUGGGCAGAACAUCUGUGGAUUAUCUCAUUUACUCUAACUUGGGGUACAGCUGCCCCAUUUUAAAGUUAAUGCUGACAGUCACAGUUGGUGCCAUCACUGUAAUUCACAUCCAGGUUUGUCUGCUCCAAGAGCUCAUCCUCUUCGUUACUCUGCUCCUGUUUUUCCCUUCCUGGAGUAGCUCCUUGACCUUGGUAUGCCUCCAUUUCUUUUCCUAUGAAAUGGGGAUAAUCAUUUCACAGAGCUACAUUUAUAGCUAUUGUAAUAUCCUACUAAAUACACAGUGGUGCUUUGUUGCUGAUCAAAUUUGCCUCUGAGGGUGCCCAGAUUGUGCUGAGGCUGCCUACUUCAGAGGUGGCUGGGAUGACCAGCUGGAAAGGCAGUUCCAUUAAAUUAGUAUAAAUAAAUAGUAAGCCAGAAAUCCUGUCUUUUUUAAAUCUACAGAUCUGGGACUAAGUAGAAAGGGGAAGAAAUCUGGAACUGGCUGGAAGCUUGCCCCAGGUUAGGGUCGGGGGUAACCAUUGGAUUCGUGGUGUCCAUAGAGCACAGCAGAUACCUAGCUUGAUUUUAUUCAGCGUCAAUCACAAGGCAGUCUUAUCCUGUGGAGAACUCAACCCUCCAGGUGUUUCUGGGCAGUGGUACAUUUGAGCAGGGUCAGUGCUGUGGUUUAAGAGAAUUUUUUUUUUUAAGUUUAUUUAUUUAUUUUGAGAGAGCAAGAGAACACGAGCGGGAGAGGGCCAGAGAAGGGAGAGAGAGAAUCCCAAGCAGGCUCGUCACUGUCAGCACAGAGCCCACUGCAGGUCUCAUACUCCUGAACUGUGAGAUCAUGACCUGAGUCGAAAUCAAGAGUUGCUGUUAAACCUGACCGACUGAGCCACACAUGUGCCUCUCAAGAGACUAUUCUUGAGCAAGACCCAAACAUGUGACUCGAGGCAGGGGUAGGCAUCCUGGCUGGAUCUGGAAAAGCUGAAGCCUGGCACCCAUUGUUCUGAUGGGACAAGCUGCGGUUUUCAUCAGGUAACCAGAUAUUACUUUGCUGUUAAUAAUAAUGACUGAUAGCUGUCCUAUCAUUUCUUUCUGGGGAGUGGGGCACUGUGUGGCAGGUACUCUUUAUCUGUAUUACCUGACUGAAUCCUUAACAACAGCUCUGUGAGGCAGAUACUAUUCUGCCGGUUGAGGAAAUAAAGAUUUCAAUCAGGAUCAGCAGUAAUAACUGGCAGAGUUGGCCUUUGAUUUCAAACCUGGAGCUUUGAACCAUGUCGAUGGACUGAAACAUCACUGCUUUAGGGCAUCUCUGGUGAGGCUGAGCCCAAGGAAUCUUGACUGCCUGGAUCACAGUGGCAGGGCUCACUGGGAGAGGGCAGUGGGUAGGACACCCUUCUUGAGCACUGGGCAGGGACAGUUUGUCAUUCUCUUUCCAGUGGCUGAUGGUAGAACUUACUCUUCUGAGAUCAGUGUGGUGACUUCAGAGCUCAGGACCCAUCCAUUGGUGGGCUUUCCCUGGGUGCUCUCAUGUAGGUGGACUCAGCCGCCCAGCCUAGUGGUAAAGGCUACGUUUCUCGAGCCAGACAUACUAGGUCCUCUUUAUGUGAUGUUGAAUGAUUUACCUUGUGCCUCAGUGUCCCCAUCUUUCAGUGGGGUUGUGGUGAGCAUAUACGAGUUUUAAUGUCCAUAAAGUGCUUAGUGUAGUGCCAGGCAUGCUAUCAAGUGUUCAAUAAUUGACAGCUGCUAUUAUUAGCUAUUAGCCAACAGCUAGCAAGUCCAGGGAGACUUAUGACUUUAAAACAUCUGAAGUGCUGCCAGCCUGGGACAUAGGGCUUGUGAGACUCAGCCUCGAGAAAGCUCUGAGAGCAUAAGUGUUUUCCCAAGGAAAGAGGUAGAUACAAAAGAAGGGGGACCAUUGAAAAAUCGGGGCUGGACUCCCCAUCAGAUCUGAAAACAUUGUGCUCUUGCGUGAGGUCAUCAGUUGCCUCUACACUCCUGUGGAAUGGGGGCAUCUCACAGAAGGGGACCAGAAUGGAAGAAAGAGAUCUGACCUUCUGGCACUUGCUGAUGGAUCAUCUGUUUACAUUGAUUUUCCCCUCCUUAUCUGCUGGGCAUGUUAAAAGCCUUCAGGUUCUGCUGUGUCAGGUCAUCAAAGAUGCUCUUAUGUGGAGGGCCGUUUGGGUAAAUGGGAUUAGGGCCUCUUUGGGAGGCCCAUCUGUUCUGUCCUUACCUGAAGGCCUAGGCGCCAGGAUUUGGAGGAAGCUGGUACAAGGAAGCAUCUGUCCCGUGGGGGUGGGGAUGAGGGUGAGUGGCCUGGGGUAGGUGGGUCAGACAGAGGCCAGGAAAUCCUCUUACUCUGCCAGGUACCCGGGCCUCCCUCUGCAGCAGGAGCUGAGCAGCAAACCCUGGUUGGCUAGCUCCUCUGGCUGAUGGCAUGUUGAGGCACAUGGGCCAGUGGCAGCGAGGGCAUCUGAUCCAGAGGGGGCCACUCUAGAGGCCAGGCCACCAGCACCAUGGGCCAGUGCGUCACCAAGUGCAAGAAUCCCUCAUCAACCCUGGGCAGCAAGAAUGGAGACCGUGACCCCAGCAGCAAGUCACACAGCAGGCGGAGUGCAGGCCACCGCGAGGAACAGCCACCAGCCUGUGGCAAGCCAGGUGGGGAUAUCCUUGUCAAUGGGACCAAGAAGGCAGAGGCCGUCACCGAACCCUGCCAGCUGCCAACGUCCUCUGGAGAUGCUGGGAGGGAGCCCAAGUCCAAUGCCGAGGAGUCUUCCCUGCAGAGGUUGGAAGAACUGUUCAGGCGUUAUAAGGACGAGCGGGAGGAUGCAAUUUUGGAGGAAGGCAUGGAGCGCUUUUGCAAUGACUUAUGUGUUGACCCCACGGAAUUUCGAGUGCUGCUCUUGGCUUGGAAGUUCCAGGCUGCUACCAUGUGCAAAUUCACCAGGAAGGAGUUUUUUGAUGGCUGCAAAGCAAUAAGUGCAGACAGCAUUGAUGGGAUCUGUGCACGGUUCCCUAGCCUCUUAACAGAAGCCAAACAAGAGGAUAAAUUCAAGGAUCUCUACCGGUUUACAUUUCAGUUUGGCCUGGACUCUGAAGAAGGGCAGCGGUCACUGCAUCGGGAAAUAGCCAUUGCCCUGUGGAAACUAGUCUUUACCCAGAACAAUCCUCCAGUAUUGGACCAAUGGCUAAACUUCCUAACGGAGAACCCCUCGGGGAUCAAGGGCAUCUCCCGGGACACUUGGAACAUGUUCCUUAACUUCACUCAGGUGAUUGGCCCAGACCUCAGCAACUACAGUGAAGAUGAGGCCUGGCCAAGUCUCUUCGAUACCUUUGUGGAGUGGGAAAUGGAGCGAAGGAAAAGAGAAGGGGAAGGGAGAGGUGCACUCAGCUCAGGGCCCGAGGGCUUGUGUCCCGAGGAGCAGACUUAGUGGCUCUAUCCCAGGAGCAGCGGCAGCAGCCGCAGCAAGGAUCUGCCUGCUGCUCUGUAGCCAACUGAGGGAUUGGACCUUUCUGGAAAUUACUGAAGAUCCAGAUAUUUUCUACUUUACACCUUUCUCUGCCUUGUAUCUGAAAGGGCUCUAAAAUGCUGUAUCAUGUUUUAGGCACUUUCUUCACUUUUUGGUUAUUUUGGUUAUUUCUUUUUUUUGGGGGGGUUCCCCCAAAAUAUUUGAACCUGGCUACAUGUUGUGUAUCUUUUUUUUGAAGCCUUCAGAUAGAAUAAGCCUGCCAUUUCUUGCACAAAUUAGAUUAUUAUUUUUUUUUUUUUGUGGGGGAGGGCAUAGAGCAGGGAGGGGGGAAUGGGAUGGUUAGGUUGAAUUAACAUUACAAGAUGAUACAGUGCCAGAUCUCAGUUUUGCAUAUUCUGUUUUUCAGGGCAGGUCUGUACUGUGUGUAGUGCUGUUUACAUGGUUGGAUUUAGGUUAUAAUAAUUAUUUUAAAAGAUUUACACAGAAUUGAAUAGCAGUGUUAACUGUUAACCAUAUUGCAUUAAUUCCCAGGCGAUUUAAAGCUCUUGGAGAGCCAAGGCCAGCCAAGAGCAUUUGUAGUCUGGUGACAACCCCCUUUUAAGCUAUUUUAUCCGAACCCCUUUUUUCCACUUCUUGCUCAUUCCUUCUUUGACCUAUUUCAUUUCACGUUGCAUUUAUCCAUCAACAUGCUGCACCUGUCAGUCAAGUGAGCAGUUUUUUUAUACCACAUUGUACUGAGAACCACUUAAGCAUUGAAUGCAGAGAAAGCAGUGCUACCUCAGUUUUGCUGGAAGUAGACUUUGAUAGUUUUCUUUCUUUUUUUUUUUUUUUUUUGAUGAAUAUUCUGUAUUUUCAUGUUGUAGGUGAAAAUACUUUUUUUUUUUUUUUCAUUUGCCUUGGAGCCAAAGUUUCUGUUCCUGGUGGUCGGAAAACUGUGCCUGCCGGCCAACUGACUUGAAGGAAAACUGUGGUAUGGAGCUCUGCUUGAAUUUUUUUUAUUUUUUUUAUUUUUUUUAAUUUUUUUUGAUUAUCAUCAGCUUACUUGUCUGGCAAGUGCAGAAGCCUGGGACUGGCCUGAACUCUGCCAAACAAAUAUAGAAGUGUAUUUAAUAGUUAAACUUGUGCCCUUUCCCUUCUUGCUGCACCCAUGUUGUCACUUAAUCCCCAGGAGUUAUUUAUUACCUUCUUUGUUAAUGUCAAGCUCAUUUGGGGUAAUGUGAUAACUGUUUAGGUUUACAUGACCCUCCUCUCUUUUUCCCUACCCCCAAAUAUGUAUAUAUACAUAUAUAAGAUAUGUAUAUAUUUUACCUAUAUAAAAUAUAUAUAUAUACACAUAUAUGUAUCUAUAUUCCUUUAUUUCUUUGCCUGCUAAAACUGGCCAUAAAAGAGGGAGCUGCCUUCAAUAUAUAAAGCAUAAGAAGAGUGCCAGGGAAUGUCAUAAAUGGAGGCUUUUGAAUCUGAAUUUGGACCAUUUUCACUAAAGAGAAGAUGAAUUUUCUCAGCCCUUUCCUCAUACGAGGGCGGGCCAGUUCCCCAGACUCCUCCACGUGCUUGCUCCAUAAGGUCUGCUUUGGCCAUACUGCCACACGGGAGCUGACUCUGGUCCUACCAGUUUCAGUAGAGGGUCCUCUUGUUAUUUUUCCUUUUAAAAAAACAGCCUCAAAAAACUGUACUGGAAGGGUGGGUGGCAGGAACUUGUAUAGUUCAGCUUCCAACACUUUGGAAUAGAUUGAAAAGGGAAUCUUUUGAAUAAACACUUUUAAAAUAUUUAUACUCUUGAGGUAAUGAGAGUUUGUCUAUUAAACAUUUGGAGUUUUCUUCCCUAACUACUCCCAUCUGCCUCCCAGGUAUGUUUCUCAGCCUGGGCAGAAUUUGCUUAUUUUGAGUUCCUUUAUUAGUAGCCUAUGGCUCCAGGCUCCCAUCUUUCCAAAGAGGAUUAUUUAAAGAGUUUCUGCGGUCGAUGUUUUCUAAGAUUGAUAAUGACCUAGGGAAUGUACUUGGGGGGUUGAUUUUUUUUUUUUUUUUUUAAAGCCCCUAAACCUUACAGUUGCUUCUUCUAGAGGACUAGAAAGGAAACUUUCAAAUCAGCCACAGCAAGUUAGCAGUACUGCUGGAAAGCUGAAGAGGGUCUCAGGCCAGAUGUCUGGCUUUUGUUCUAGCCUAAGACACAAGUUCCUUGAAUAAAGAGAGUUUCUAGGGGCCCAUUGGGUUUUGUGGGCUCAACUGUAGUCAGGGUGCCCAGACUGAGGUCUUAAAGGGGGAAUGCCUUUUAUCCAGCCAGUCUGCGACCUCUAGUUUUUCCUGAUUCUGGACUGGGUCAGGGUUGAAAAGGGAGAAAGGCAGGCUGCUUCUCCUAGUCCGGUAAGGCUCUCUUCUUAGAUGACAAGGGUAUAUGGAGAGAAGUGCACAAAAGAGGGAGGCACUGAGGAUCCUGAGGACUCUGGAGAAACUGGAUUCCUUUCCCAGCCUACAAGGUAGCAUUCCAUGCAUGAGGUGUACUAGACUGGGUGGAUUUUGUAAAUUAACUAUUCAGCCUCCCCACCCCCCAGAAAAGGGCCAGUAAAGAAAUUAUUUUUGGUUAUAUUUUUAAUGAUGUAUUUGUUACAGAAAUGCAAAUGAGAAACCAGAAAAGGGAGCCGUUAGGGAAGGACUUAAAGGGUCCUUCAAGGUUUGACUUCAUGAUGCAAGGAAUUCCAAGCUUCCACAGUAGCUCUGCGCCAAUACUUGACUACAGGAAAAGCAGUUUUGCAGAGGGAUCGAAGAUGGGUGUGUAUGUAGGAUUUGUAGUCAUUUCUGGGAAGUGAAAGGUCUCUGGUCCUUUUAACCUAGAAACAGGUUUUCUGUUUAAUGGGUGAGCAGUAAUUGUGUGGAAGAGGCCAAAUGCGUGCCCCUCAGGUAAGCCAGUGCACUCUUCACUUUAACAAUGUAACACCAGGGUGGUGUGAAGAGGGGCAGGAUAUGGAUGCAAUUUUGAAAAUAGGCAAAUAUCUGAGGGUAACUACAAUACAUUGAAUACGUAUUGGGAAAUUCUUGGUUUUCAGCAAAUGGCUGAGUUUGUGGUUAGUGAUUAGAAAGCUGUAUGAGAUGAAGUGUUGCUUCAUUGAAAUGCUCUUCCCCCAUCCCUGCCAUAUUUGAAUGUAUCAUUAACCCCACCUAUUGUAAUGACUUUGCUGUGCUUCAGCUGGUUGCCUCAACAGUGUUUCCUCAUCUGUGCCAGAUGUGCUCACAUCUGUGAGAUGUGAGAUAGGUCCCAGACACCAUGUCUACCCUUCCAAUAAGAAGUAUUAGAGCUGGGUAAAGAUCCCAAUUUCAACCAAGCCCACAGGCCCAAAGAAAUCCAACUGAAAACGUACAGGGCAGUGUUUUUGACAUUAAAACUUUCCUAAGGAAGGCACAAACUAGCCUUCUUAGAAAGGAAGAAGGGAUUAAGCCACAAAGUAUUUAAUCAGUCUUUGAAACAGUCUUGAUUUCCCAGAGGCUGAUGCCAAAUUCAGCCCUCAUUGCUGGAGCCUGUAGGAUGUGGGACUCCAUAGUUCGUGUGAUGGCCUCAAAUACUAUACACUAUGCCAAAUUGCAUUAAAUAGUGGGAAAUUACUGGGAUAAGGACUUGGGUCUAAAAGUUGAAGAACCAAAAUAUCUGUAUUUAAGACUUUGGUUUGCCACAUUUAAAGUGAAGUAUUGAGUGUAGUGAAGCCCAGAAGUAGACCCAAUUAUGCAAUUAUAAGGGCUGGAGAGAAGAUGCUGCUAGGUUUGUUUUGUUUUAACUGCCUGCUUUCGCCUUUUUCUUGUGUCUCUAAUGUUUGAUUAGUGAUGACUUGAACAUCUUGGCAACUGACAAAGGUCUUCAGUGGUGGACUCUAGCAGUAUCUUGUUUAGAAAGGACUAUUAAAAGUUAGUAUACAGUAUGUUGAGACUCACUUGAGGACAUUCACAUUGAUCCUCAACUUACUCCAUAAUCUGUUUUUUGAAUCUUAUAGGGUGGUUUCCACUCACCCCUUUCAGAAUUUAUUCCUAUAAGCUGUAAUUAUAGCAUAUAUCCAGUUUAAUCUGGACUGGGGGCCGUGUUAAGGUGAGGAUCUGCAGAUGUUUUUUCUUACUGAAAGACAGACGUGAGCACUGGUUGCAGACGCCAAGAUGAUUUAUAUAGCUUUGAGUAACCGUCAGGUACUGCGGCAUCACAUCCUCCCUAUUCCUCUUGGAAACUAAGCCUGCUUUCAUAGAUACCUUUUUCCACCAUGCACCUUCCCUUCUUUCAAUAUAAUCUUGGAUAAUGCCAAAGGAAGCCAUUCAACAGAAGCACACCUCCCCACCGGCCCUGCCAUUUAUUCUGGGGGAAGUAUCUUCCCUCUGACUCUGGUCCCCAGCCCCGAAUCUGUAAUAAACUCCUCUUACCUGUUGCACUAAUGAAUAUAAUUCUAGGUUUCAAAGGGGGAAUUUGAAGCAAUAGGCAAAUGGGGCUUGGAUGAAUUGGUCCUACAGAUACCCUGCCUUAACCCACUGAGGUGAUGAGUCCACUACUCAUGUGACCCUCCACCUUUGUGGAUUCCUCUUGGUUUGUGACCAGUCUGUCUGUUUCUUGAGGUUGUACAAACUUGUUGACAAAGGUCAAUACUUUUGUUUGUAUUCUCUGCACUGUUGCACUCUCCAAAUGGCCCCUUGAAUAUUUUUAACUUGUUACACACGUUUUGGUCUUUGUCUACAUUUUUCUUUUGAUGUUUUUGUUUUUUUAUUUGAAAGGUUACCUGCUGUUGGAUUUAAUAAAUUUGUUUACUUGACUGUUGACAA